GGUUGAUAUUUCCAAGACAUUUGCCAAUUUCAUGCUACAGUGACUUAUAUCGUUUCUAUCAAACCCUCCCUUUUCUUUUUUUGUUUUAAUGCUCAAUGGCCCAGUAUAGUCUCGGCUGAAGUGACAUUUGAAAUUUUUAACCACUAAUUUUUAUGACCUAUAAGAUUCUGAUGUUAAGGAGCCGACGAUGUCUGAUUAACUGUUAUAGCAAUAAAUAACAUACAAUAAAAGUGGGGUUACAGUGCCUUGAUUUAUGAGUGUGAGUACAAGACUUGACAAUUCGCUUGCACUAGAUGAACUGUGUGUGUGCGUGUGUGCACGCGCGCGGACACCUCUGGCAACCAAACCAAGCGAAGGCAAGUAAACUGUAUAAGGUUUCGUUAGGUGGUAAAGGAGAUCCAGCUGACCGCUUUAUAUCUGGUUUCCUGGUUUUUUUUUCUAUCGCUAUCUACCUCGCGCUCCUUCAGUUUAGUAUUGGGGUAUUUAGCUUGCAUUGUUGCACUUACCGCAAAUAUACUGCAAACCGGUUGUUUGUGAUGAAGUUUUAAACUCCAUCGUACGUUACCGCAGAGUUGGCUCGCGGUAGCGGAGAGAGGCGGACGCCGCGCGGGGUCGUGUUACUUUGCGUCUUGCUUUUUAUAGGAGGAAUGGGGUGAGAAGUGAAAUGCCAACUGUCUGGAAACAGAUCGUGUUCUCCUUCGCUUCUGUACUCAGCAUCGGUUCUGUGGUACUUCUGGUUGUGGCGCUGGCCACGGAACGCUGGAUCACCGGAACCACACUGUGUCAGACAGGAGUGGAUCUGGUGAACGCGUCUAGUCCAGAGUUCGAGCAGUUUACGGGACACAUUUACUACGGGCUCUUUCAGGGCGGGAAAACACGAAGAUGCGGGCUCGGGAUCCGCCGCUCCAAAAUAUACAUUUUCCCAAAGCUCAUCAAAAAAAUCAACAGUGGUCUUCACAUGAUCAUAAUUUUCUUCCUUUUCAUUGCUAUUAGCUUUGCAGUACUCAGUUUAGCUUUCUGUAUAUAUAAUGCCAGAAAAGUUCCUUACCAGUCUAUUAAAGGACCUUUUGGCCUUUACAUCUGGAAUUUCAUUGCAGCUCUGUUCAGUGCAAUGGGCUUUGCAUGUUUCCUCGCAGCAAUCCAGUGCCAUCGGCUCACAGAACAUGUGGCUAACUACCGUGAGAGUCUUUUUACCCUUGUGAUCCUUGAGGAGAAUCUUGGUUUCUCCUUCUGGUUGUGUGUUGCCAGCGCUGUAACACACGGAGUUAACAUUCUUGUAGUAGCCUCCAGUAAAAUUCAUCUUCCUAAAAUACAGACUAAGAAACCAGAGGAACCCACAGCCACUGGAGACGAUUUUCUCUACUGAAGAAGGAUGAGCUGAAUGCAGGUCAGAGAUGAGGCUGUGCAUAUGAGCCAAACAGAGUGUUUAUGUGACCCUACAUCUACUAUACCUGAAGUGAUUCAUUAGGUGAUAUGAUGUUAUGACUACAGACUGUGGUAGUCAUACUGAAUCUGUGGUUUCUAUUAGACAGCUUUAUUAUGUAUGUGGCAUAUACUUAAAAGAAAAAUCAUUUCAAUAUGCUGUUUGUUUUGGAGGACAGCAAAAUGUUUUUGACUGACACAGGUUAUGGACAACUGCAGGUUUUCCAAACUGAAAUGUGACACUGUGUAUGUAUUUUAAAUUGUAAAAAUGUACAAAUUAUAUAUUUAUCUUACCUCAAU